AUGUUUCCUCGGCGUGUUCUUUGUGGUAUACAGCCAUCUAGUGUUCCACAUAUUGGCAAUUAUUUAGGUGCGAUUAAAAAAUGGAUUGAUUUACAGAAUAGUGGAGAUAAUUUAAUUGUAAUGUUAGCUGAUUUACAUGCAGUUACUAUUCCACGUGAACCUGAUGUAUUGAGAAAAUCAGUCUUAGAAACAGCUGCAUCUUUAAUUGCGUGUGGUAUUGAUCCUAAACGAAGUAUAAUCUAUCGACAAUCAGAUCUUUAUCAUCAUACUCAAUUAGCUUGGUUACUUGGUACAUUGACAACUGUUCAAAAAGUUGCUCAUAUUCCUACAUAUAAAUCAAAAGUAAAAGAUGAAAGUUCAAUACCUUUAGGUCUUAUUCUCUAUCCAGUUUUACAAUCUGCUGAUAUACUUCUUUUUAAAACUACUCAUUUACCAAUUGGUGAAGAUCAAAUACCUCAUUUACAAUUAUGCACAUAUAUGAUUGAAAAAUUCUAUCAUUAUUAUAAACAAAAUAUAUUUCCUGUUCCACAAAUGAUGGCUACUGAAACAAAUCGUAUACGAAGUCUUCGUCAUCCGGAACAAAAAAUGUCGAAAUCUGAUUGGGAAGAACGUUCACGUAUUGAUAUUAUGGAUGAUGAAAAGAUUAUUCGUGAACAUGUAAUGAAAGCUCUAACAGAUUUUAAUGCUAAAAUUUCUUAUGAUCGUCAAGCAAGACCUGGUGUAACGAAUUUAAUUGAUAUUUAUUCUGGUAUAACGAAUCAGCCAGUUGAAACAAUCGUUGCUGAAGCAGAAAAAGAAAAUUUAAAUACGGGUGCAUUUAAAAAACGUCUUGCACAAAUAAUUAUUGAACAUUUUCGUUCAAAACGUAUAGAAUAUUUAAAAUUAAUGGAUGAUCGUUCACAUUUAUUAAGUAUACUUAAUGAUGGACGUGAACGUGCUCAUGAAAUAGCUGAUAAAACAUUGAAUGAAGUUAAACAUAUCAUGGGCUUUAAUUAG